AUGUCAUUCCAGAGGUUCUCCCGUCCGAAAUACGACAUGCUAUCAUGUCGGAUUGAAAAAGUCUUGGAUGAAGGACAGACAUGCGAGCAAGCAGGGUUUCGAAAAGGAUUCAGCACGAUUGACCACAUCCACACUGUUUCGAAACUCGUCGAGGUACCACGAAAGUACAAGCCGCUCUGUCUCACCUUCAUCGACUUGAAGAAGGCCUUCGACCAAGUUGAGACGGAAGCGGUCUUGGACAACCAAGGCGUCCCUACUCAGUACAUAAAGGUACUUCGAGAGUUGUACACUAACUUCACGACCGGAAUUGCGCCAUUCUACAACAAUAUCAUCAUUGACGUGAAGAGGGGGGUCCGACAGGGUGACACAAUCUCACCCAAAAUAUUCACAGACAUCUUCGAGAACGCAAUGGGAAAGUUGGAAUGGGACGAAAUGGGAGUGAAGGUUGAUGGUCGGCAGCUACACCAUUUGCGCUUUGCUGAUGAUAUCGUACUGAUAACACCUAGCAUCAGCCAACCGGAACGAAUGCUGACCGAAUUCGACGAAACAUGUGGAUGCAUCGGUCUUCAGCCGAAUCUACAAAAGACGAUGUUCAUGCGGAAUGGAUGCGUCUCGGAUGCCCCAUUCACGCUCAAAGGAACGAACAUAUCCGAAUGCACCAGCUACGUUCAUCUGAGUCGGGAACUGAACAUGAUGAACGACCUGACCCCCGAGCUGGGCAGGAGGAGACGAGCAGCUUGGAGAGCGUAUAAGAGCAUCGAGGAUGUAGUGAAGAAGACCAGGAACACCCGGCUCCGUGCUCACCUCUUCAACACCACCGUACUUCCUGCUUUGACCUAUGCUUCGGAAACCUGGGCAUUUCGCAAGCAGGAAGAAAACGCGGUGAACGUCAUUGAACGCGCAAUUGAGAGAGUGAUGCUAGGAGUAUCCCGUUUCACGCAAGUGAGGGACGGUAUUCGAAUGACAUUUUUGAUAGUUUAUUAUGCACAGUUUGAGAAUAAUAGCAGUCCCAAACAUGACCACCUAUUAGAGUGCCUCACUUUAUUAUUGUGGUUACAUCGAGCGGCGCUGUCGACAUUCUCUUCAACGUCCUUCAUGGCAUGGUGGAUAUUUGUUUAUUGUUUUCUCUUGGCAAAAAGAUUAACAGAAGCACAUGUAUGCGUUGUAGGCGAGAGUCCAAAAUUGAAACAAAAGGAGACGGAGAAGCCGUACUGCCACGUAGAAGUCAUAUUUGAAGGCACGAAAUGCUCCAGCGAAAUUACCGUGCACUACAAUGUCGCACCACAUUGGAGUCCAAGUCUCGAAGCUGAAAUAACUGAAAGACAAUGCGAAUACACAUACACAUCAAUUGUUUGUUUCUGCAUUGGCGACAAAUGCAACGCACCUGAGAAACUUAAGAGGAUAUUCGCCAAAGAAAUUGCAAGGAAAGAUUCCUUUCAAGAACUACAACUUCUACUUUGUUUCGUAAACGACGGAAACCUGUUCGUGAACGGUACAAAUCCUUUCAUCCCACCUCACUUGUCGAGCACUACUGAUAAUGUUAAGUGUCAUCCGUCGGUUCAGUCGCGAGGCUACGUGGCGCGUCCCCGGGUGGCGGAUAGGGGGCUAAUCGCGGACCAAAAGCGACAUUGUGCUUGCCCAGAGACGCAGGUGGAUUCAGGGGAUGGACUCCCUAUUUCUGCUGAUCCAGGACUCACUCAUGACAUCCCUGUAUCCCGCACGUCAGUCCGGCCAAAAGUCUGCAAUCAAGUGACUGGAAGGUGCAAGGGAGGCGGUUUGGAGUCGCCUCCAACAAAUAAGCUCCACAUGUCCACUCCGGGAGAACGGAAGUUCUCCCAGAAACUCAUGGGACUAGAGGCUUGCAACCUGCCCAUCUGUUUUAAAAUUUUUACGCAAAACACAGUAAUAGAAAAGUCUCCUGAUUCCGGAGGAAAGCCUGGUACGGAGCACCAGCCCUCCUCUCUACGCUGGACGAGGGAGUCACCCGGUGGAGGGUACCGUAAUGAAAUAGACCACAUCAUCGUCAAUAAAAGGUUCUGCCUGACGGACGUCGCUGUUGUACCGAAGUUCUAUACGGGAUCGGACCACCGCCUCCUCCGAGGAAGAUUUUCUUUCACAAGGAGAGCAGAGAAAGCCGCCAAGUUCAGAGAGAGAAUUUCCAGGACUAUCAUCAGCUGGGAUCUCUUCGCUACGCUAGCCGGUUUUUGGGAUAUUCCGCAGUGGACAGCAUCGAUGAGGAAUAUGACCGGCUCGUUGAACACUCUCACGACUGCGCGAAGAAGGCUGAGUUUUAAAAGCACCAAGAGGCGCCUGUCUCUUGAAACUCUUGAGCUGAUACGCCAGCGUGGAGCAGCACGAGCCGCAGGGAACCAAGAAUUUACGUCCGAGCUCGCGAGGUUUUGCAGAGAGGCGAUAAAGGAAGACCUUAAAGAGAGAAGAGCAGAAGUGCUGGCUGAAGCUGCGGAGGCGGGAAAAGCAUUCGCUAGGCCUGUCGAGACUUCGCCAGUCGCAAAAUGA